AUUUAGGUGGGUGGUUUUAUGUGUUAGUUAUGCCAAGCUCGAGCAACCAAGCCCCAUUUUCUAGGCCUAGGCCCAUUGGCCAGCAUGAGCGUCGUGACACCCCUGAAGGUACUUCUCUGAAAGAAAGCCCAGCAGGUUCUCCUACCCUACUUGGCAAUCAACGCUUGAACUCACCAAAUGUUGGAAACUGGGACCCAGAUGUGAAAAUGCUUCAGUCUUCAGACAAGUGGAUUAGGGCAUAUGGUUUGAAAAAACUAAAGCUAGAGCUUCAACAAAUUUUACCAACCAUUGGCUUCAAACAUAGUGAUGAUUUUGUCAACUCAUUGAAGAAGCCAAUUUCAGCAAGAUAUAGCAAUGGAUUGUUCACUCGCUUACCAUACAAAGAUGGAACUGUUUACAAUAUUGUAGCAACAAGAGAUAAACUAAAGAUAAUUGAAAAGCAGCUUCAGCAUGCCAUCGUUCUGUAUAAGAAAAGGCUUGACUGGCUCACCAGUGAAAGUCGUAGGAUAUUUGGAGUUGUUGAAGAAAAAUGCAUCACUAUAGUUCUUGAUGUUCAAGCUACCAAUCAGGAACUGUUUGAUAUGUAUAUCCAGUCUUUGAUUCAAGUAGUCAAAGAACAAGUUAUGUUUGCAUCAAAGCUAAAUUUGAUCAGAGUUGCUGUAGAUGCAGAUUGCUGGCAAGGGAAUGUCACCGCCAUAACCUUAGAAAGUAUGGAUAGUGCUCUUAAUUGGAUUCUGGAACAAGAAAUGACAACUCCAUCAUCUGCUUCCAGUACUACAGAAGCGAUACUGAAAGCCAUGUCAGAUGACAGCGUUGAUGCUGUCUAUCUUUUUACGGAAGGAAAUGCUUCUGUUUCAUCUCAGGAGUUGUUGAAACGAAAGUUAAAAGAGUGUGGAAAACAAUUAAAUGUUGUCUCUUUCAACUGCAAAGACCCAGCCACAAUCACUUUUCUAAAGAGUCUAACUAAAAUUGGAGGUGGAAGAUUUCACGCAUUUUCCGUAUUUGAAGAAUCUGGAGGUAACCAUUAUGAAAAGUCUUUGACCCUGCAUGAUCCUGACGAACAUUCCAAGAUUUCAACGGCUGGUAAGCUCAAGAAGGACCGUAUUCAGAGCAUAGGAUACGGAGUUAGGGAAGAUGUAAUGAAAAUCUGGGAAGAGCUUGACACGGCAAGAACCACUCUUGCAGAAAUUCAAGCUCUGCUAGUUGAAUUUGAGAACCCUCAGAAAACCAAACAAGAAAUAGCCAAAGCUCGAGUUUCAAAAAAAGAAAGCAUUCCAUCAGAAGAGAAGGGUGAACUGUACAUGAGCUCAAAGCAGUGGCUUGCUCGACAUGGCCUAAAAGCAAAGAAACUGGGGUUCUACGAUUUUCUUCAGACCUUAGCCUUUAAACACUGUGAUGGAGUUGUUGAUAUUCAGCAUGCACCAAAAGGAGAUAUUGGAUAUGCGGUUGUGAAACAGAAGCUUGUCAAUGCAAGAUACUGUGAUAAAUUUGCUCAUGUCAGAUGGAAAGAUGGCGAACUUAUGCAUGUUCAUGUUAGUGGCCCAAUGCAUCGAAGUUACGAGGAAAGGGUCUUGGCAACUGUCGAAAGUUAUCGUAAAAGGAUGGAAUGGCUACAGCAAGGCAGCAGAGAAUUGUUUGGGACGAUCGUAGAGGACCAGGUAGCAAUCCUUAUUGACACAUCUUCAUCAAUUGCAUCAAGACUUUUCCUGAUCAAAGAUAAGCUUUAUAGGCUAAUGCAGGAGCAGUUAAGGCAUAAGCGUAAAUUCAACAUCAUAAAAUUUGACUCAAGAGUGCAACCCUGGCGUGAUCAUCUUGUUGACUGCAACAGCCACAAUCUUGAGAAUGCAUGGCAAUGGGUCAAGGGCCUAACCACUGGAGGAAGCACGAACACGCUCGGAGCACUUAAGAGAGCGCUUGCCGAUACCCAAGUGCAAGCGGUUUAUUUGCUAACCGACGGAAGACCGGACCAGCCGCCUGCUACUGUUCUUGCCCAAGCUGCCUUGAUCAAUACGGUUCCGGUGCACACUAUUUCUUUCAACUGUGCUGAUUCCGAAGCCAACGAAUUCUUGUCUCAACUCUCCUCUGAUACCGGUGGAAGAUUCCACUAUUUUUCCGAAGAUGGCUACGAUGAUAAGGGCCCACGACCGUUCGAGAGCGAGGACUUGCGGUUGCUAAGAGAAGAAAUCGAGCGGGGCCUGGCUGAUUUGCAGAAAGUAAACGGUCUGAGAGACGAAUGCACUAAACUUGACUGGUACGGAUCUGAGAAAGACAAGAGUUCGAGGAGUCGUGGUACCAGAGCCAACGUCCCCGAAAGACCACAUUCCGCUUUAGCACGAACUCAAGGUCCAAGUUUAAUGAUGCCUACAUCGUCAGGAAUACGAACGAGACCAGCCUCGGCUCGACCCAAGUCAGUUGUUACAUACUACUCGUCGAAGCCUGGCAGUAGCCCAAAGAGCCCAACCAUGACUCCUUCGCCCCCGGUAGCCACAAAUCGAGCUACGAUGUUGCGAUUAAAUUCGGUGAAAGCUGCUAGUUCACGUGAUGAUUGGGUUUUGCCUGAGACAAGGGAAUACUUGGAAAGAAGCCAAGCAAAAACAUCGAAGAAAUUUAAGCCCGACAGAGGCAACAAGAAGAAACGAAAACCAAGAAGCAGGUCGCCUGCUUCAUCAAUGAGAAGAUGGAUAAAAAAGAAUAACCUUGCUGCAAAAAAGCUGACUAUUCUUGAUGCCUUAGCUCCAACGAUGAUCCCUCACACAACAAAAUACGUGCCAAUUCUCGAUAAACAUAUUUUGUCAAAAGUUUUUGACCAAAUUCUUCCGUUGGCGCAUACUUCCGGGGGAGACCGCACAGAGGUGCAGAUAAUCAAUCCUCAGGCAGCUAAUUUGUCUUCUUACCAAGAUAAACUCAAAUCAGUCAUUGAAAUUUAUAAAAGAAAACUGGAUGAGUUUGUUUAUCCAGUCCUCAGUGCAAAGGAACGAUUAAAAUAUAAUGGAGAGGGGAUUCCUUCAUUCCAAGAAAACAAGCAAUCAAUGUUAGAAGACCUAGAGGGGAAUGAGUGGCCAAUUACAAUAGAUGAUAUUGCCAAAUAUGAGGAUGAAAUCAAGCAAGCAGAAUUGUACCUUUUUCAGUCAAAGGAAUUGCAAGAAACCUCUGAAAAGCUUUCGAAAGAAGCCCUCGAAAAACAGAAAGAACAAACUUCUCAGUCACCGAUACAAUUGAGAUCUUUCAAGAGAGCCUCUGCUCAAGAAAGAUUAUCAACAAUCCAAGCGUCUUCAAGUACGCGGCAUCUACGAAACCAGCGAGUUGUUGGUCGCAGCGCAUUGGAUGGAUUUUAUUACCCAGGAAUCGUCGCGAGAUGCUUGAAUUCUCGCUAUCUCGAAGUAGACUUUGAUAAUGGCGAUAGACAGGUGACAUCUGUGAGAUAUGUGAUUCCUAUUGGUGGUGCGAGGCCAUGUCCAACGUUAAAGGUUGGUGACUAUAUUUUGGUGAAAUCAAGACUUCCCACACAAACAGACGAUGAUUCUGUUCCCGAGUUUGAUUACUGUUAUGUUCCUGGGAUCGUGCAAGUCACCCCAUUGCGUCAUAGGUCAGCAAGCAAGUGCUACACUGUUGUGCGAUACAAUGGAUUUAAGAUCACCGUCCUUCGUAAUGACAUGAUAAAGAUCACUCGUUCACGUUUUAUCUUCGCGUGCCGGUUCAUAAGGGAUGCAGAUAUCGCCACCCAUAAAGCCUCGUCGCCAGUUGUUAUAUAUCCAUCGCCCGAGAAGAUCCUUGAAGAACACCAUUCCACAAGAGCGUCUUCUGUUGCUUCAUCUAUCAACUCAUCUGUUUCCGGCUCUUCUUCAAAAUCUGGAUCUUCAAAGUCAUCGAAAGUGGACCAAAUCAAAGAUUCUCCACGCUCUUCACCUCGUAAGUCGUCAGGGAGUUCUAGCAGCAGCAACAGUAACUCUAAGAACUCGUCUAAGAACUCAUCGAGAAGUGCGAGUCCAGUUAUAACACCGCAGGGUACCCCUAGGUCUCUAUCCCCCGUCAACGACGGUCCUACUGAUGAUGAUAAUAAGCAAGAGAUGGAAGAUAAAGUCAUGACAAUGCUGGAAGAAUUUAAAAAGUCGAUGGAAGAUAAGUAUCUUAAACAGUUGAACGAUCUGGAUGAUGAAAAGAAGAGAUUAGAAGAGCUACACGAUGAUCUUCUAAAACAGCAAGAAGAUCAUCGGAAGAGCAAAGCAGAUAUUGAAGAGCAGCAACGAAGAUUGCAAGAGAAACAGCAGGAACUACUUCAAAGGCAGUUAGAUCAGCAAAAUGAGAACCAGAAGAGACUGCUUGAAGAUCAGAACAGACUACAUCAACAGCAGGAAGAGCUUCUGCGAAGGCAAAAGACCCAGCAUGAGCAGCUUUUGCAGUCUCAGUUGAGCCAAUCACGUUCACUGAAUCUUAAGUAUUUAGAGCUGGUCAGCAAACGGCCUACAAGUGUUAAAGACCAGGAAAUGGAAACUGAAAAUAACGCCAAGGACCAAGAAACAGAAACUGUUCACAAUAGUGAAGAUAAGCACACUGAAACAGAGCGUAGUGACUCGAGAGAUUCGCAAACUUCACCGAUGUCUUCGCGGAAAAAUUCGAUUGCGAACGCCGGGGAAGUUGACCAAAGCACGGAGCAAAAAGCAGAAGAUUCAAGUGAUGAUCCGAAAGGCACUACUGAGAAUGCGGAUGCUGCGCCAGAGCUGACUAUGUUUAUUGGUAACGAGUCAGAGGCGGUGCUGCUUACUAAAGGAGAUCAGGGGCUUUUAUUUUCUCGAAAGCCACCAGAAGAAGACCCAGCAGUCGUCGCGCAAGAUAUUCCUCAACCGCUCAAAACAGGAGAAGAGGUUUUGGCGAGAUGGGCGGAUGAUGGCUGGUAUUACAGAGGAACCGUUAAGGAAGACUGCGGCAACGCCAUAUAUGCGAUUGAAGACAGUGUUGGUAACGUUGAGAAAAUCGCUCGAUGUGACGUCAUAACUGAUGAAGAUGAUGCGGACAAUGUUGUCAAGACUGGGGAUACUAUUGUAGCUUUGCAUCCAGGAUAUCCAUACAGCUAUGCACCAGGAGUGGUUAUGCAAAAAUCCAGUGAAGCCUCGUUGAAAGUCAGAUUCUACGAUGGACAAGAGGCGGUUGUCUCAAGAGAAGAAAUGUAUUUACUGUCCGCUGAGAAAUUCGAGCAUGACUGUGCUUACAUUGUUGCAUGCGAAGAUGGUCUUGUGGGUCAAGCAAUAGUAGCAAGAAACGACGAAGAUGGGCAAUUUCAUCUUGGUGCUGUACGAGAGCGUGUUAGUGGGCCAAGAACAUAUUUAGUUGAAUGGGCAGACCAGAAACUACAGAUUCAGAAUUACUCGUUCAUAUUUGGUGCACACACAAAAAGACGCCAAUUCGAAGUUGGAGAUUGCAUUCUCGCAAUUUCAGACACAGCUACCUUCACCUAUUUACCAGGAAAAGUGAUCGAAGAUAACGAUGAAACACUUUGUGUCAAAUUCUGCGAUGGUAAAACGCUGUCUGACGUCGAUCCUCUCCAAUCCUAUUGGAUAUCAGCUGAUUAUUACAAGAUGGUAUCAGAGUAUUUUAUGAAGCGACGAUUUGCAGACCAAAACCAGGAUGAUAAAACAAAAGAAGCUGAGGCAGAUUAGAGAAAAUAUAUGCAGUAUUCUAGAUUUAUAGCUCUGUGAAACAAUUUUUUACCUUCACUGUGACGCUCGUAAUUGUUAUUAGCAGGGCCGUCGAUAGCCACGCGGGGUCAAGGGGCAGCCAAAAUGCUUGGGUAUCUUCCUACCCAAAGCAAUAAACCUAAAAUGCGUUUAAUAUGGAUUAAAAAUGCAUAUUAGUUUCUUUAUCAGCUUAUUAUUGGUAUCUAUAUUCUUAUGCAUUUUUAAACUUUCUCAUUACAGAUAUGAUUAGUAAUUACCAUUUUAUUAAGGGUCAUAAUUUAAAUUGGGACAGUGUAAUUACAAGCAAAACCCUUUUUAUUUACGGACUUAGGAGCAAUUGCCCCCUUUCCCCUCUCAUUGAGCCUGUUAUUCAAAGUAGCAUCAUACAAUUAAAGUGCCAUGCCUUUUUAUUUUGACUUUUACGCCCUGUUGAAACUCUUUCAAAAACAUAAAAAAGAUCAAUCACUAUUUAAUGAUCAUUAACAUAAGGCAUUAAUCAUCAUAAUUUGAUAUUCUUCUAUACAAAAUUCCCUGUUCGAUUUCAUUCUCCAAACUGAGCCAACCUUUCCUAGUCAAACAUGUGUAUCAACUUGGCCAGUACGCAGAGGAACUCAAAUAACACGAUACCGGGCUCUUAUCCCACCAUCUCACAGGAAAUUUUAUUUAAACACCCAUACAAUCUGGCUGAGUGUCAGCAAAGACCGAGAUACAACUUUUUGUCUGAGGAGGGGGUCAGCUGAUAAAUAAGCGAAAAAACAGCCACAUUUUACAAAACAAAGGUAUUUUACCUAUAAAAUUUAAAUUUUGGGGGGCACGCCCCCCCGGGCCCCCGGUAUCUCGGAGUGUCAGUGAGGUUUUUUGAAAAUUGUUCCAUUAGAUCUAGUAUAAAUUUUCUCCGAUGCCUGGCCGAUAUUUCAUUCCUAAGACGUUUUUUUCUUUUGAAAUAUUUGAAACAAAGAUUUUGAACGUCUUGAACUCUGAUAUUUUAGUCCCACACAACUCCAUGGAACAUUUGAAACGGUCCAUAGACUAACAAUUCAUCACAUGGACGUAGGCGUAGGGACAUAGGCCUACAGCACCCUUGGGAGGACUGCAGUACCCCUGACCGGGCAAUUUUAUCCCAAAGAAGCAAUUAUAUUCGGGCAACAUCCGUACCAAGCCCCCCCAAAUGUUUAACAUCCGCCACACCCAUGUGUGUAAUCCUAUAAGAAUCUUAAGAUAACUCACUUCUGUUAACAUACCAAUCAGAUCUGCCCUUGCUGCAAUUAUUUUUUCAGCGAUGUUUAAGAAUUGUAUGAUUCAUAAGUGAAUUCUUACUCUUGUACCAACAUUAAUGCGGCAAACCAUGUAUACUGGGGUUCUUUGCAUUGUAUGUCCUUACUGAAAUGACUUGCACGUGUCUCAUAAAAAUAGAGAAGUGGCUCGAUCCAAUGCAUACAAUAUCUUAGUUUUGGAUUAACGUAAAAAAUAUAUUAGCAACAGAAGCUUAAUUUUGAUUUCAUUUGAUUAUAGAUCUUGUAAAUAGAAAUUGAACAUCUAAUGCAUUACAUGCAUUAGAAUGCAUGAAAGAGUAUAGAAUACUGGCUUAAUGUUUUUUCUGUCUCCACUUUUUGAAAUAUUCAAGUGUUUGAUGCGACCAGUUGAUGAAAUACUCUAUAGCUGAAUUCCGUUGGUUAAUUUUGUUAUAGUCCAUCGUAAGAUGCUAGUUAUCAUCCCUUGUUAUAGUCCCUUCAGCAGCGAUUUCGCCGCGAAAUUCGCCUCGUAGAAAUCAGCCUUAAUGCCCUGGCCAAACCAGCGCAACAUUUCAUCCAACAAGUCCCAACAGUGUUGGCGGCUUUUGCGCAUUGUUGGACAUUGUCGGAUGCUCGGAUGCAGGGUUGGCCAGACCAGCGCAACAUUUCAUCCAACAUUUGUUGAUAUACAACAACAGCAACAACAACCAGAGGCCUAACCCAUUCACUCGAGAUUCUGCUUUGACUUACUCCAUGAGCCUCUGUUUCGCUACUGCCUCACUUGACGCUAAGUCUAGAUUCUGCUAGGCAACUGAACAUGGGGACUCGAUUUAGAACAAAACGACAAGCGACAGCAGUGUUUUAGGUAUAUGUGAAAUUUUGGAUGAUAGUGAAGAAGAGAAUGUGAAUGUUUGGCCUCCAUUUUUGUGGUCUUUUCCUUUCUGCGCUUGCACGAACGUGAUUUUGUUGUACAGGGUGGCCAAACCAUCCCAAACAUCACCCAACAUCAUCCAACAUCGUCCAACAUGGGUGGCCAAACCGGCCCAAAAUUUAUACCCAAUAUUGUUGGGACUUGUUGGACAAAAUGUUGCGCAGGUUUGGCCGGGGCUUAAGCUUGAUUUAAUGAAAUUUAAACACGUUUAAUAUGUGACAGGGUACGCCGUUUAGGUGCCCCUUUAGGCUUUUGUUUCGGACACAGAUUGCACGAUGGUGGAGUUUGUGUUAAUUGUAGCAGUGCUUGAGUAAGCUUUACAUUGUGUUAUUUAUACGGCUAAAGCAACAAGAGUGCAAGUGUGCAUUGGCCUUGGGUAUAUAAACUUUGUCUUGGUAUACUUUUAUUCUCACACCUGCAAGAUAACCUGAAGUUAAACGUAGAGAGGAAAGGUUUUUCCUUUGCGACCCUGCCCACCCUACCCAUAUCUAGGUAUUUUCAGGUGUUUGCAGGCAUGUUGAAUUUAUCUUUCUUUUCUUCGUUCAUUAGUUUAUGGCCGUAUGGCUGGCAAUUUUUGCAUGAACAAGUAUUGCUAGUCGGCGGAAGAAGGCCAUCGUUCUUCUUCUCAACCCCCUCAAAAACGGUUGGGUUUUUAUUUAUGGCCGUCUUUGCGAUUGGCGCAACGACAGCCCAAAAAUAAAUGGUCCAAAUGAUGAGAGAACGCCACCUUCAGUCUUAUGAUUGAUAAUUGGUAAAAUAUUCUGAGGACCAUCUUAUUCUUAUUUGCUAACGGUUUUUGUUUGGUAACCUGGAACAAAUAUUAAAGACAGAUUCUUUCAGAGAAAUCGGUUGCAGAGGUUACCCAGGGGCAAUGUACCACAGGCUAUUUAUGGAUGAAACAUUCUCAAAAUGCAAAUAAGACUCCACAAAUAAGACUGGUAGCUGUUUCAACAAUGUUUUUCACUAUUUGCUUUUAUUUAAUUUUAUUCAUAAUGAUGCCAAUUUGUUGAGGAUUCGUGAACGUCUCUUUUCAAAAAUGAGGCCACCAACAGCGUUUUUGUUGGAGCAGUGUGAACACUUACCGUAUUCAAAUCGUAUUAAUUUGAAAACGGAUUAGUGUGAACGGACAGCGUUUUCAUCAACGAAAACGGAGCGAAACGAAUACGGAGCAGUGUGAACGUAAGCUAAGUUUCUGGUUGCACGCACUGAUCUAAAAAAAACUGGAUCGCGCAUCCUAUUGUUCUAAAAGUGCGGCCGCUGAGAAAUCGCAGCGGCCAUGCUCUUGUGACCACUUUUGCAGACUUGUGGUCUUGUUUACUACGAGGAAAUGCCGGUUCGGACAAGUAAAGUCGAAGUUUCUGUCGUCAAAUAGUGGCAAAGGUGGGUAAAUCUAAAUAUAUAUGAGCGUAAAGGACCAUCAAAUUAUUAAAUGUUCCAUUUUAUGGAGGGUAAGGCAUUUUGGUUCUCUAUUUCUUGUUGCUUUACGGAUAGCCUACACUUUUAGGCCUAUUAUUAGUAGGUGGAUUGAAACUCGAAAACAGAAAUCAAACUAAGGUAAAUCUAAAUAAACAUUUUUCUUUCGUUGUUGGCACUCAAAAACAGUAAUUAGACUGUUUCCUAAACUCAAGUCUCCACGGAGAGUCCAACGAUGCAAAUAUAUUUAUUCGAAUCAGCAG